AUGGCGCAGAAUAUUAAUAACCAGAAUCCGCAAGAUUUCCAUACAUUCAUGAACUACCCGCAGCCGCCGAAUACACCAGGCAUUAUUGUCCCCCAACGAGUUUAUCGGCGGGCGACUGGUCAAAACGGCUUCAAUCCUCUUCCUCCAAUCAGGUUCUUCGCCAACGGUUUCCUCGGGCUGCAUCUAGAGAGUGCUUUGGUCCCUGGCAAUGAACUUGACAACGCAGAAACCACUCCACCAUUGUCAGAGACUAACAUCAGGCCUCAUGCAUAUCUCAUCUCACAGUGGCCUGGGUACGACGAAUGGACCAUGCUUAAUGCCUUAACCGCCAACUUGGGGAAUCGUCCCGUGACCCUGGCCCAGAUCGCAAACCAGGCCGCCACCCGUGUUCAGCAGUUCUACAAUGACAUGCUUCACGCUACCGGAGGCGAUCCUCAUUGGGCGCUGCAGAACAUCCCAUUCCGUGCCCUUUCCCUUGUGGAGCUGCGCAACGUCUCUCAGGGAUCUUGGCAGCCUGUUCUUUGUCAUUCUCCUACUUAG